AAAAACAAUUGUGGGAUGAAUGUUGCCAGUGCUACAAUCACUUUAGUAGGCUUUGUUUUUCUCUCAACAAACUUAGUAACUAGCAUUCUGUUAUCCAAGAGUUGUCAGUCUGCACCAUCACUGGACUUAUGCAGGUACAUGGGUGUCUCAUCAAUUGGCCUUGUGUUUUUAAUGUUGAUCUUUACCUUGCUGGAAUUAUGCAUAGCCAUCUCUGUCUCAGCCAUAUGGUACAAAGCAAGCUGCUUCAGUUCAAGAGGGGUGGGUUUGUUUAAAUGA